AUGGUCUUAAAAAAACUUGUUCGUUAUAUCAUUAAUAAAUAUUUAAAAGAUUAUAUUGAACAAUUAGAUUAUGAAAAACUUAAACUUGAUCUUAAAAAUGGACAUGUUUGUUUGGAAAAUCUCCAUUUAAAACCUGAAGCUUUAACCGAUCUGAGUCUUCCCGUCACUGUAGCUACCGGUUGUCUUGAAAAAUUCACCCUAAUUAUUCCAUGGAAAAAUCUUUAUAGCAUGCCAACAAAAGUUCAAAUUGAUGGAUUUUAUAUGUUAAUUGUUCCAAAAAAUGGUAAAUGA